AAUAUCUAACAAAAAAAAAAAAGAAAGAAAGAAAGAAAGAAAGAAAGAAAACCCCUUCAACAAUUCUUGUUUCUUCUUAUCAUUUUUGUUCGUCGAUUGAAUCAAACCCAUAUAUCAAAAUGGGAUCUUGCAUUAGCAAAUGCAAACCCAAGAUGAUGAGACAACCACCUCUUUUUGAUUUCAACAAUCUUGUUCAAGACAAACUUGUUGUAAUUCCUCAACCACUUUCUCCAUUGUUAACAUCAACAGCAACAAAAACAACAUCAGCAACUCCUUCUCUUUCUCUUCAUAACAAAAUCUCUCCUUAUCCUCCUUCUCCUUCACCUUCUUCUUCUUCCAUUUCUUCUUUCACUUGUCUCUCUUCAAAUACAUCUUCUUCAACCAACACCUCUUUCUCAACUGCAUCUUCUUCACCUUCCCCAAUUUCCUCACAUCAUUACUUUCCUUCUCCCUACAAUCAAAACCCUCAUCUCUUUCGAAUCAAUUCCCUUAAAGCUCAUGCCUUUCGGUCCCCCGUCAAGCCGAUUUCCCCCCUCGUUGUUCGCCAUCCGUCCCCACAAAGGGUGUCGAGAUCCACACCCCAGAAGAGACUCCGCCCGGCUUCGCCAUCACCAAUUAGGCAGAAGAGCUUCAGAAAAGAGGUUCUUCAGCGGCCUCUCUCGUCACCCUCACCAACUAGGCGCUUCAGCCGAGAGAAAUGUCAGGUGGCUCUGGCUCCUAUCAAUGGGGUUCGUCCGAAAAGCCGCUCACCGGUGAGGGGUAGUGCAAUGAAGAAGGAAAUUACUUGCAUUCAUAGGAUAAGUUCAAAGAUCGAUGAUGUUGCUGUUAAAGAAGCUGUUGGAGAUCUAGAUUCCGUGGUGGCUAUGGAAGAUAUGGAUAAUCCUUUAAUCUCGUUGGAUUGCUUUAUCUUUCUGUAGAGAUUUUAUAUCCAUGCAUAUAGGAAUAUAUACAUAUAUAUACGGAACAUGACAUGGUUUCUUAUGAUGUUGUGUUUGUUGAAUUGAUUUUUUAUUUUGUUUUUAUUUAUGACAUGCAUUUUUAAACGUUGAAUGAUCACCUAGAUCAACAUUUGAUUACCUUCCUAAUAUUUUAUGGGAAUGUUAGGUUUGUAGGAAAUUUCAACUUUCUUAGUUGUGACCUUUUAUUUUCCCCCAUUCUUUGUUUGGUGGAAGAACAUAUUAAUAUAAUUAAUAUAUGGGAUCAUGGUUUGAUCUCCUAUCUCCUUUUAA